AUGCUGCACUCCACCUCUGCUACAGUAUCCCCGAUCACUGGCCUCCUGCUGGCCUUCAGCAUUCACAUCAACCUCAUAUCCGCCGCACACGCUGGCUUCCACGUCCAAUAUCCAUGGGCAACUCGCGGCCCAAACCCCAAAAUUAGGCCCGAGAUCGAUCAAUACAACCCCUUCUGUGGCGAAAUCCUCAACAGCCCCACCGAAUUCUCCCACAACUUCCGUACAUUCCUCUCCUUCAGCGGCCACCCAGGAGAUCUCAUCACCGCCCUCUACACUCGACAGAGAGUACCCAAGCAACGCAAAGACUUCCCUCACAUCAUCCUGCAGGAAAUUCCCAUCCAGCCUUCGGGACAGCUGUGCGUGAACGUUACGCUACAGCCGUUUGAGCCGCAUAUUGGCGACAUGGGGGUCAUGUACUUUGAGGCGAGAGAUCCGAGGACGGGGGUCGUGGUGGAAUAUCACUGCACGGAUGUUAAGUUGGUGGAUGAGAGAGAUGCUCUGCCAGAGGAUCAUCCGGCUAUGUGUGCUGCGCAGAAUGAGACGCUGAUUCCUAUGCCGGAUGAGUGGUUGUAG